AAGAAUGAUUACAUUCAUCUGACAAUUAGUAAGGGUGGUAUUAUGUUGAGAGAAUAGCUUGUGGAUUGUCUAAAAGACUCAUACUGGAUUCUCUGAAGGAAGGCAGCGUCUGAGUUCAUUCACCAUGGGGAGAGAGGAUGGGGACAUGCCAGACUCUCUACCAACCAUCCCUGAGGAGGUAUUUGCAAAAGGCUACCCCAACCUGGCCUUCCAUGAGGAUACGAAGCCUCAGGAGCGGAUGACAGAGGGGCAGCCAACCGUUGACACGGAGCGCAAGCCAAAGAAGGGCCUCGGGAAGAAAAAAGAACCAGCAAAAGCAGUGGGAUUUUUCCAGUUGUUCCGCUACGCUACUGGUUGUGAGGUGCUCCUAAUGAUAAUCGGCCUGCUAUGUGCUGCUCUCCACGGGAUAGCCCUGCCCCUUAUGUGUAUUGUGUUUGGACAGAUGACCGACAGCUUUGUACAAAGUGGACAACAGCUCAACCUUACAGCCAAUUUCACUGUGGAGGAGAUCAGCGCUUUAUUGAACUCAACUGACGGAUGUAUUCAGAUUCCUGGAGUUGAUAUACAGGCUCUAAUGACUCGACAUGCCUAUUACUUCAUCGGGAUCGGUUGUGCUGUGUUCCUGCUGGGGACCUUUCAGGUGAUGUUGUUCUUGCUGACAGCCACCAAACAGACCAAACGGAUCCGGGAGAAAUACUUCCAUGCCAUCCUCCACCAACAGAUGUCCUGGUUUGAUACACACCAGAUAGGAGUUCUCAAUGUUAGGUUGACAGAGUAA